AAUAAAAAAGAAAAAGGUCAAAAAAAGCAAAGGUCAAGAAAGAAGCUCACUUGUGACCCCAUUCCUUAGAGCAAAAAGGGGUGUCAGAAAAAUGAACAAAGAGAUGGUAAAGUCUUUAGACAUACAGAAAAAAAGGUACCAACUAAGACAAGCUGUAAAUUGACGUUGUGCUUUUAAAACACCCAUCUAAAGACAACUGAAAAUUCAAAGACCAUUCACAGAGUUUGAAGAGACACAAGAUCUGAAGCAGAGAAAUCAACAUAACAGAGAAGAAGAAACAGAAAAGACCAUGAGAGGAAGAGAUCAAGCCAAAGGAGCGCCUUCAACAGAUCUGUUAGUAUGUUUUCCUACUAGAGCCCAUUUAACCUUAAUGCCAAAGCCCAUCUGCAGCCCAUCAAGACCUUCAGAAUCCAACAAGCGCCACCACUCCCACCACCACCGCCACCAGCACCAACACCGCCUUAAGAAAGCUGGUAACAGAGGUGGUGGUGGUGGCGGCGGCGGCCAAGCCAGCCCACUCCUAUGGGCAAAAACCAAACCAAUGGGCUCGGAGAUCUCAGAACCGACAUCCCCAAAAGUCACAUGCGCAGGGCAGAUCAAGGUCAGGCCCAAGCCCAGUUCAUGCAGGAAUUGGCAAUCGGUGAUGGAAGAGAUUGAAAGGCUUCACCACCACAGAAAACACAAGAAAAAACCUAGUUGGGUUGAAGCCUUGGGGAUCAAGAAAGAUGUCAUGCAGUUCUUAACAUGCUUACGAAGCAUCCGGUUCGAUUUUCGAUGUUUUGGCUCUUUUCCAACGUCUGAUAUCACUUCAGAUGAUGAUGAGGAAGAGGAAGAGUAUCAUGAAAACCAAGUGGAUGCUGAGGGAACUGAUGGAGAUGAAGCUUCAAGAACUGUCUUCUCCAAAUGGUUCAUGGUUCUACAAGACAACCAAAAUAAAAAAGAAGAGAGUAAAGCAAGAGAUAGGGUUUAUGGAGGUGAAGAGAGUGUUAGUAGUGCACCAUGUGCACCACCAUCAAAUGCACUCUUGCUCAUGCGUUGCCGGUCCGCUCCAGCCAAAAGCUGGUUAGAAGAAAGAGAAGAAGAAGAAGAAGAUGAUGAUGUUGAUGAAGAAGAAGAAAAACAUGAAGAAGAAAAAUUCGCGGCCACAGAAGAAGAGAUAAGAAAGAAGAAAGAGAACUUGGUGGUGAUGAGAUAUGACAGAGACUUGUAUAAAUUCUCAUCUGAGAUUGCAAAAGAGACUUGGGUUGUUGGUGGUGCAAGAGAUCCACUGUCAAGGAGUCGAAGUUGGAAGAGAUGAUAAAAUGGAUGACAAAGGUGACUGCUGAUUUAAUUUGCCAUUUUUUUUUUUUUUUUUUUCCUCUAUAUAGUUUGAUGUUUUGUUUAUUUUUAUAAUGUUAUGGGUGGUGUGAGAAAUCCAUAUCAAGCUAUCUUUGUUCUAGCAUACAUUUUUUUACUUCAAUUGUGAUUUGCUUUGACAGUGUAUAAUGUGUACAUAUUUUCUCACAUAUCAGUUGAUUAUAAAAGAUUUUUGCAGCUGCCA